AUGUCAAGGUUACGGAAGCAGAGAAACGAUAUUGCGCAUGUGCAACAAGCGAAUGGCGCUUUAUCACAUAGCAAUGGUUUCUAUGACAACAACGGUGACGCGCAUGCGCAAAAAGCGAAUGACACUUCAUUACUUAGCAACGGUUUCCAUGACAACAACAAAGAAGCCACCAAGACUGAUGAAACAACAGGAAUCGUCCAUAUGAUAGAUUUUCUUCUAAACAAGUUUGUGCUUCCAAUAUGUAUGAUAAUUUUCCUACCUAUAAUCUCCAUUUUCUUGUGGUACACGAACACCCAUUGUGAGGGAAGUUUUAAAAUUCUCUACUCUCGUGUCCAGGACGGCUCGAGCUUUGGACUUCUUGCGCAGAUACUUGGAAACAUGAGCAUCUUCAACAAGUUUACAUGCUCUGUUGUGUUCGGUUACUUCGCAUGGGCAUUAUUUUGGAUGAAAGUUCUUCCAGGGAAAACUGUGAACGGACCAAUGACGGCAAUGGGAAACAUACCAGUGUAUAAAAACAACGGGUUCUUGCACUACGGCGUUACCAUGGUGGGGUUCGCGAUUCUUACCUUAGUGCUUAAACAGUACGGAUUGUCACCUACAAUUGUCUACGACAGAUUUGGUGAAUUGCUUGUAUUUAUAAACGUCUUUGCCCUCGUGUUUGUAUUGUUUCUCUGUUUGAAAGGACUCUACUUUCCGUCGUCAAGCGACAGCGGCAAAACCGGGCAUGGUUUUAUAUUUGACUAUUACUGGGGUACCGAACUUUAUCCUCGCAUCUUGGGCAUCGACAUAAAAGUACUGACAAACUGUCGUUUUGGAAUGACCAUAUGGCCCCUGUUAGUCUGUACAUAUGCACUGAAAAGUUACGAGCUACAUGGAUUUGUCGACAGCAUGUUUGUUACCACAGUACUGCAGCUGAUUUAUAUCACGAAGUUUUUCUCAUGGGAAGCCGGUUACAUGCACACAAUGGAUAUCAUCGUUGACAGGGCCGGCUGGUAUAUUUGCUGGGGUUGUCUAUCCUGGCUUCCGGAAAUCUAUCCGCUGGUCAGUCAGUACCUCAAGGCCAAUCCCGUCCGCCUGGGGUGGCCGCUGGCAUUCACCAUUCUCGUAUUAGGCUUAGCAUUCAUCCUGAUAAACUACCAAGCGGACCUUCAGAGGCAGCAGGUGCGAAGCGCCGACGGCCAGUGCCUCGUAUGGGGUUUGAAACCGGAAAUCAUCCGUGCGAAAUAUAUGAAUGACGGAGGCCAAGAAAAUGAGAGUAUUCUACUGGCUUCCGGCUGGUGGGGAGUUUCCCGCCAUUUCCACUAUAUGCCGGAAAUCCUGCUCUCAUUUUCCUGGACGGCGCCCGUGGGUUUCGUGAAUCUUCUUCCGUAUAGCUAUGUCAUUUAUCUUAUCAUUCUUCUCGUGCACAGGAGCUUUCGUGACGAGAAUAAAUGCCGCCGGAAGUAUGGACGCUAUUGGCAGGAAUAUUGUGAAAAGGUUCCUUACAAAAUUGUACCGUUUAUAUUUUGA